AUGUUAAAGUCUUCAUUGAAUUCGAUCAAACACUUUAAUUCAAUGCUAAAUUUCAAGAAUGCAAGCACAAACACGAAUAUAUCUGUCUCAAAAUUGUCAAGGGCACAAUAUGGAUCAAGGUUUUUUAACACUUCAAUUAAAACGGCUGUCUGUUCAACCGUAUCUUCCAUAAAACCUAUACCAGACUUUGAUGAAAAAACUAUAGAAUUAAUACGUACACGAUUAAGAAAUUCUGUUGGUAAAAGUCAUGUAAAAUUUAAAUACGAUACAAGUAAAGCUGUUAAAGAUGCGGCUGUUUUGAUGCCAUUCUGUGUUGUACAAGGCGAACCAAGCGUUUUAUUCACGUUAAGAAGUAAUAAACUAAAAUCACAUAACGGAGAAGUAAGUUUCCCUGGCGGAAAAAAAGAAUCCGAAGAUCCUUCGCUCGUAUUCACAGCUCUUCGCGAGACCACAGAAGAAAUUGGUAUCCGACCCGAGGAUAUCGACAUAUUAGGACAAUCAACACCAUUACCAAAUAAAGAUCGAACCUUGAAAAUUUAUCCUUUUAUUGGGUUGAUUAAAAUUCCUUUUGAAAACGUUAAAAGUGAGAUUAAUUAUAAUGAGGAGGAAGUUCAAAAAGUUUUCACUGUAACAAUUGAGGAAUUAUUGAAUUCGGAAAAGAAACAAUGGAAGAGACUUGGUAAUACCGAUUUUAUGUAUCCGGUAUUUAAGGCUUCUUCUGAGUCAGAACUAGAAAUUUGGGGGUUAACUGCUUUCAUAUUAGAUACAAUACUACGAAAGUUGACUACACCACCGUUGACGACAGAUAUGAAACAUCUAUAA